UGGUGCCCUGGUGCCAAAUCCCUGGGUCUGUUCGGGACGCUCUUCCACCCUGAGUAGAGCUGGUUGUUCCACAGCCAGCUUUAUCCCCGAGGCUGAGCCCGGAAGAGAGAGCAGGGCGGCAGCCUCGGGUGCUCUUCUACCCUCUUCCAUUCCCUCUUUGGACCUGGUGGUCAAAUGUGAACCAACCCAUGGAAGGCGAAGUCUUGUUAUUGACGUAGCCAUCGCGCCCCGAGCAUCAAGCGUUUGAUCUGUUCGGGAAAGAGAUGUCAGUGCAGCCAGCAGGUGGAAUGUUUGCGGGGGCGAAGCGGUCCGAGGUGAUACCGAGUCUUUUGGCACGUUGAGGUUGUGUAGGGACUUACAUGCAUUUCAGGUCCCCCCGCGCGCUCCUGACAAAGGGUCGUGAAUCAGGGGCGAGAGGGAACACAGAAAAAGUAGAGCCUUCCCCAGCCAUUUGGGAGCAGAAUAAGCCUUUUGGAGGCCACCGUCUGCUGGAGCGAUGUCGGGCCUCAAAGGCAGUUGACCCUACUUCUUCUCACCAACAGUGGGGUAACAGUGACUUGGGAAUGACUUUGUGAAUCGAAGUUUCUCCAGAAAGGCCGUGUUUGAGCUUCCAGGUUGUUUACAGUUUAAAAAAUUUUAUUGAUUGGAGGCUGCUACCUUGUGGAGAGACUUUAUUGUAAGCUAAGAAGCCUAAAUUUUAUUGGGUUAUUUUUGGCCCUUUGAAGGCCAUUUGUUAUUGGUGUCAGUGUCUGGCUUAGCAUUGUUUUGUAUGACUAUUGGAUAAGAUCUUAAAAGGUAUGUUAGGCUUGAUGGACAUCUAGCCUCUAUUAAGUCAUAAGGCUGGAGGUGAAGCAGCACAGUCUUGAGGUAGAUUUUCUUGCUUUUUUGUAGUUUGCCUACUUGAUGACCCUGUCUACUUUCUUUUGGGACUAUAAAAGGCUUUGUAAUCUCUUCACAGUAGGAGUCAUGCCCUUCAGUGAACGCUGUCCUCCCAGGCUAUGUCCUUUGGGAUUACAUGUUGUUAAACUGAGUUUGUUUUCAGGGCAUGGUCAUUAUGUUGCUCAGAAUAAAUCAUUUUGUUAGAUUUUUUUGUUUUUGCUUUUCGAGACAAGGUCUCACAGAGUUGCCCAGGCAGGCCUUGAACUCAGGAUCAUCCAUCAGCCUCCUGAAUGCUGGGAUUACAGGUGUGGGCCACCAUGCCCAGCUGUAGAAUUGUCAAUUGCUAUUUUAAUGUCAGUAACUUCUAUAGUAUACUUAUGAAUUUGUUCAGUUCUAAAAUAACAAAAUACUUUUAACAUUGCUAAUUCAUAUUCCCAUGAAAACAAAUUUAUUACCUGGAGCACAGUAUUUGGAUACAAGUCAUUUUAUCUUUAGCCUUACAGUGUUUAGUUAAAAUACUGUUUUCCAGUUACUUAGUUCUUGACAUUCUUAGUACUUCACUGUACUAAGAAUUGUUACUCAAUUGUAGUAAGGCUUAUUGGCUGUUUGUAUUCCAUUUAUUACAUUUUAGGACCUCCCCUCCACCCCAUCCUAGUCGGUGUGUGUGUGUGUGUUUAAAAAUAUACAAAGCUGGCACAACUGUAAUCUCAAUUACUUGGGUGUGUUGGGAGGGUGGGCAAGCCAGGAGGAUCACAAAUGCAAAGGCAGCCUCAGCACCUUAGAUCUGUCUCCAAAACAAAACCCCAGGGCUGGGGUAGGGGGCAGGUGUUGCUGCUUGCUGGUAGACACUUGCCUACCAUAUGGUAGGCCCUGGCUUCAACCCCCAGUGCAGUGGUACCUUGGUACUCCUUGUUAGUUGGUUAUGGGAGGCGCAAGUACCAAACAAAUUAUUUUGGCUGGAGAGGGUAGCAAGUCACAAGGCAGUUGACACAAGUUCUAGACUGUGCACCAAGUACCAAACAAAUGAAGAGCACUGGAACAAAGUUUUUGUGUCAAAAUGUGUCAAGUCCCAAAUUGUAGGAGACUCAAAACAUUCUAAUACUGAGGUAUGACUACUGCAAAAAACAAGCAAGAGAGAAAGAGAAAGAGGCAAAAAGAGCAUCUUUGAACAAACCACCCAGUUAUGCAAGAACAUUUCCUGUACUGCUCCAUGGAUCUAUGUGUUCCUCCUCAUCCACCAAUCCCUAGAGCUCUGGCCCUUCUCUGAGAGGGAUACUAGGUGAUGGCAGCCAUGCUUCUCACAGCCUGGCCCCAGAAGUUGGUGACCUUUGAGGAUGUGGCUGUCUACUUCACCCAGACGGAAUGGGAUGGCCUGUCCCCUGCACAGAGAGCCUUGUACAGGGAUGUGAUGCUGGAGAAUUAUGGGAACGUGUCCUCUGUGGGGUUUCCGCUUCUUAAACCUGCUAUGAUCUCACAACUGGAGAGAGGUGGUGAGGUGGAGGGCCCAUCUCCACUGGCUCCUGUAACUGGAACAGGCCCUAAGGGCCUCUGGACUGUAGAUACUGGUAUACAGACAAACAAUAAUUUGACAAGUGAAGUAUAUGAAGAAAAGGAUAGCACAUCAUUUGAACUUCCAAGGGACUUUUCCCUGGAAACAGACUUUAAAGAAACAUACAUACCAGAGCAACCACAGGAAGUCCAAUCAGCAGGAAGGAUAGAAAAGGAAAACAGCAGCAACAUGGAGAGAGCAGUGAAAGAUGAAACAAGCUCCAUGGAGGAGUAUUCCUUUAGUCACAGUCCAAACUUGUUUCAGCAUCAUAGUAUCUCCUCUGACACUGAACAGCAGCACCCUGGUUGUACAGGACUGAUGAAAGCCUUUAGCUUUGACACAGAACUUAUUAAGCAUGAAAUAAUUAAUACUGUCGAAAGACCUAUAAAAUGUGAAGAUUUAGUGGAAAUCUUUAGAUUUGACUCUCAAUCUAAUCAGCAUCUAGAAAACUACACUGGGGAGAAGGCUUAUCAGUGUGUGGAGUGUGGCAAAGCCUUCAGUGUUAUCACAGAAUUAAUUUGGCAUCAAAGAUUUCAUAGUGGGGAGAAACCCUUCAAAUGUGUGGAGUGUGGGAAGUGCUUCAGUUACAGUUCCCAUUAUAUCACACAUCUGACAAUCCACAGUGGGGAGAAGCCCUAUCAGUGUAAGAUUUGUGGGAAGGCCUUUAGUGUUAAUGGGAGUCUUAGUAGGCAUCGGAGGAUCCACACAGGAGAGAAGCCCUAUCAGUGCCAGGAGUGUGGAACUGGCUUUAGCUGUAGUUCUGCAUAUAUUACACAUCAAAGAGUCCACACUGGAGAGAAACCUUAUGAGUGCAGUGACUGUGGGAAAGCUUUCAGUGUUAAUGCAAAAUUAAUACAACAUCAGAGAAUCCAUACUGGAGAGAAACCUUAUGUGUGCAGUGAGUGUGGGAAAGGCUUCAGGUGCAGCUCUCAGCUUAGGCAGCACCAGAGUGUCCAUACUGGAGAGAAGCCCUAUCAGUGUAAAGAGUGUGGAAAAGCCUUCAAUAAUAAUGCAAAACUCAUUCAGCAUCAAAGAAUCCACACAGGUGAGAAACCUUAUGAGUGCAACGAAUGUGGAAAAGCUUUCAGUGUCAAAGGGAAAUUAAUCCAGCACCAGAGAAUCCACACUGGUGAGAAACCAUAUGGAUGUAAUGAAUGUGGGAAAGCCUUCAGGUGUAACUCUCAGCUUCGGCAGCAUCUGAAGAUCCAUACUGGGGAGAAACCCUACAAGUGUGAUGAGUGUGGAAAGGCUUUCAGUGUUAAUGCAAAACUAAUGCAGCAUCAGAGAAUUCACACUGGGGAGAAACCAUUUGAAUGUAGUGAAUGUGGGAAAUGCUUUACUUCUAAAAGAAACCUACUUGAUCAUCACCGAAUCCAUACUGGAGAAAAGCCUUAUCAGUGCAAGGAAUGUGGCAAAGCCUUCAGUAUCAAUGCCAAGUUAACUAGACAUCAGCGAAUACAUACUGGAGAGAAACCUUUCAAAUGUAUGGAAUGUGAAAAAGCAUUCAGCUGUAGUUCUGACUAUAUUGUGCACCAGAGAAUUCAUACUGGAGAGAAACCCUUUCAGUGUAAGGAGUGUGGAAAAGCCUUCCAUGUUAAUGCCCAUUUAAUUCGGCAUCAGAGAAGCCACACUGGGGAGAAACCUUUCCGAUGUGUAGAGUGUGGCAAAGGCUUCAGCUUUAGUUCUGACUGUAUUAUACACCAGACUGUCCACAGUUGGAAGAAACCUCAUGUGUGUAAUAUCUGUGGGAAGGCCUUUAGGUUUACCUUCCAGCUUGAUCAGCAUCAGAGUAUCCAUAAUGAAGGGAAAUCUUAGUGAGAAGGAUGUAGGAGCUCUGAAGGUUAAUGCUGAAAUGGAUCAUGCAUCAUCAGAUUCACCUUGGAGGAAUCCUUUGGGAGGGAAGUGAAUGUGGCAAAGUCCUCACAUGGAAACACAUCUUUUCUGUUUUAUUCAAUUUUUAAUGAAGAAUAUAUCACCAGUUAAAAAAUAAUAUUGCAAAAUAACUUUGGUUUGUACCAACAACCAACUUGAAAAUAUUGAGAGAAAUCCUUAGCAGCAUCAAGAACAGUAGAUUUUCUAGGAACAAACAAUUGUUUUAUGGAACCAAUAUGGUAAAAAUGAUAAUUCUCCACCAAGGGCCACCAGAGGAAGCUUGAAUAAAUGGAGAGAGAGAACAAAAUGUGUUCUUACGUAGGAAAACCCAUAUUAUAAAGAUAUCCGCUCUACCUAAACUAAUUUAUUUCUGUUUAAUUUUUGGUACAAGCAUGUAUUUUGUAAAGAGGAAAAACAAGGAUUUCACUUUUGUGAAAUAGAGAAAACUUUGCAAAAUAUCAGAUAAAUGCUAGAAACAAAAUGUUGAUAAAUUGAUCAUUCAAAAUUAUUUCUAAUAUGUUUUUGUUUUAAAUACUCCCAAAUAAAGCUGUUAAAGUAAAGCAUAAAA